ACUCCCUACCAGUUGGUGGCGGUAAUGCACCGUUACGUUGCCAAAUGAAAAAAAAGCUCAAUCAGAAGAAGACUAGCAGCGACUCCUCUUCUAAUACCAAACCAACAUGGCGAACAUUCGGUGUGUCAAGGGUAUGGUUGGCCUUGUGACGGGCGGUGCGUCCGGUCUGGGCCGGGCCACUGUGGAGCGGCUGAUCCAGAACGGAGCGUCUGCGGUGAUCCUGGACCUGCCUUCGUCUGAUGGACCGGCUCUGGCAGCCAGUCUGGGGGACCGCUGUGCCUUCGCUCCUGCAGACGUGACGUCGGAGGCAGACGUGCAGUCAGCCGUGUCCCUGGCCAGAGAGAAGUUUGGGAAGCUGGACCUGGCAGUUAAUUGUGCCGGCAUCGCUGUCGCUGUUAAAACGUACAACUUUAAGAAGGACCUCCCUCACAGCCUGGAGGACUUCCAGCGUGUAAUCAAUGUGAAUAUCGCAGGAACCUUUAAUGUGAUUCGCCUUGCUGUGGGUGCGAUGGGGAAGAACGAGCCUGAUGCCGAUGGCCACAGAGGCUGCAUCAUUAACACGGCCAGCGUGGCCGCCUUUGAUGGACAGGUUGGCCAAGCAGCAUAUUCGGCUUCUAAAGGUGGCAUCGUUGGAAUGACCCUCCCUAUCGCACGAGACCUGGCACCCAUGGGCAUCCGAGUCAUCACCAUAGCACCCGGUCUGUUCUCCACGCCCCUCCUGGCUGGUCUACCAGAGAAGGUGCGCUCCUUCCUCGCCCGCCAGGUGCCCUUCCCCUCGCGCCUGGGAGACCCCGCUGAGUUUGCCCACCUGGUGACAGCACUGGCUGAGAACCCCAUGAUUAAUGGGGAGGUGAUCAGACUGGACGGAGCCAUUCGCAUGCAGCCCUGAGACAGACGGCGUGUGUGUGUGUGUGUCUGCGGGGCCACGAUAACAAGGCGUUGAUCACCACCUUCCUCAAAUUAAGAACACUUUUAUGUCUGAGUGUGCGUGUGCCUGGCUACCUGGUGUAGUUUUGUUGUAGAAAGCUGCAUACAGUAAACAUAAACUGUGAUGGAUCAGAAACACCAUUUAUCAAGUUUGUGUGAGAGAAAGUGUGUAAAAAUGUCUGUACAUCAUUCAGAGCAUUGCAGUACUUUAUGAACUCCACCUUGGUUGUUUUGUAAACUAAUCCAGAUUAUAAUAAACCUCCGAUGGGUUUGAUUAUCUAUUUCA